AAAUCAAGAGUAUUGCAGGGGCUACACACAUUUUGUAUACAUAAUUUGCUUUUGUACAUUUUAAGUCAAAAGUUAUGCGUGUCCUUCACCCAGAAUGUGUGCAUUGUACCAGUUAGUUGUGAAUUUGCCCAGCUCUUCCAACCGCUUGCCACCUACUUGAUUUCACUGAGUUUUAUGUCCGUGCUGUCAUUGUGUCAGUCCACUAGUUCCAGUCAGUAGUGAGUACGUGUGGUGUUUAUUUUUCUGUUUUUGCCAUACUUCACUUACAAGAUUGGUUUCCAGUUCAUCCAGAUUGUUACGACAGGUACUAGCUCACCGUUUUUUGUUGUUGUUGUUGGUUUAUGGCUGAGUAGUAGUCUGUGGUACAUUUUCCACAUUUUGUUAAUUAGCAAUGGACAGUUUUUGAUGAGGUAAGAGAAGAACUCAGGGGGACUAGUCGGUCUUAGAAGAGAGGAUGAAUGAGUAAAGAGAAUUGUGAAGUUGGAAAGGCAUGGCUGGAACCCUGCAGUCCCUGCUGUAGGUCACUGGAGAAUGAGAAGGACAGAAGAAUAAGAAUGGGGAGUGAAUUCCAAGGCUUGAAGAAGUUGGCUGAGCUUCUCAAUAUCUCCUGUGUAGAUGGGAUAAAAGAAUUACAAGGCUGUCUGCAGAGAUCUGAAAAAUGGCAGCAAAUGAAAGUGUCAGCAUCUUUAGCUCGGCUUCCUUGGCGGUGGAGUAUGUAGAUUCCCUUUUACCUGACAACCCCUUGCAAGAGCCUUUUAAAAAUGCUUGGAAUUAUAUGCUGGAUAAUUACACAAAGUUCCAGAUUGCAACGUGGGGAUCUCUCAUAGUUCAUGAAGUCCUUUAUUUCUUGUUUUGUGUACCUGGAUUUUUAUUUCAAUUUAUUCCUUACAUGAAGAAGUAUAAAAUUCAGAAGGAUAAACCAGAAACAUUGGAAAGCCAGUGGAAGUGCUUUAAAGUACUUCUUUUUAAUCACUUUUGUAUCCAGCUGCCUUUGAUUUGUGGAACCUAUUAUUUUACAGAGUAUUUCGAUAUUCCUUAUGAUUGGGAAAGAAUGCCGAGAUGGUGUAUGCUUUUGGCAAGAUGCUUUGGCUGUGCUGUCAUUGAGGAUACUUGGCACUAUUUUGUACACAGACUCUUGCACCACAAAAGAAUAUACAAGUAUAUUCAUAAAGUUCAUCAUGAGUUUCAGGCUCCAUUUGGAAUGGAAGCUGAAUAUGCACAUCCUUUGGAAACCCUGAUUCUUGGAACUGGAUUUUUCAUUGGAAUUGUGCUUUUGUGUGAUCACGUGAUUCUUCUCUGGGCCUGGGUGACCAUUCGUUUGUUAGAGACCAUUGAUGUCCAUAGUGGUUAUGAUAUUCCUCUCAACCCUUUGAAUCUCAUCCCCUUCUAUGCCGGCUCUCGGCACCACGAUUUCCACCACAUGAACUUCCUUGGGAACUAUGCAUCAACGUUCACCUGGUGGGACAGAAUUUUUGGAACAGAUUCUCAGUUUCAUGCCUAUUAUGAAAAGAUGAAGAAGUCUGAGAAAAAGACUGAAUAGAUUAUCUCAUGUAAAUCUUCCAGAAGAAAAACAUUUUCCCUAAAUGAAGCUGGUAGCUCACAUUGCACCUGGGGAGCAGAAAUUUGCACGCGUCACAGCUACUAAGUGAUGGAAAGAACAUUAACAACCUGUAAUUAUCUUCUUACUGGGACCUUUUUCUACUUUACAUACAAGUUCUGUGUUUGUAGAAAUAAAUAUAUAUUUAAGUAAGGUUUUCAUGAAGAUUUAAAGGCCAGUUUGCUAAGCUUACAAAAAGGAUUUUAAAUAAUGAAAAAAGUAUUCUGUGUUUUUCCCCCACUAAUACCAUAGGACUAAAGUUGACAUUAGGCUUUAAAUCUUUUGGAUAUAUACUGGUAAUUUUGGCAUCAUAUUUAACUUUAAAAAUAUUUUUAAGAAUUUGCCUAAAGAUCAAAAUAUCGUGGGAUGAACCACAUUGGUAGAUACAGUGACUAGAGCUGCCAAGUCAGGAGUAGCCAGCACCAGGAACUUCCACGCUUGUCUGGAGAUGACCAUUUGGGGUGAUUUUGUCCUUCUUUGAAGAAUCCUUUUUGACUGCAUUCAGCAGAAAGUAUUUCUUAAUUGAUGACAGUGGAAUAUUUUAGUCUGGAGGUUUUUCCAACUUACUUGAAUUUUUUUAAAAAUUAAGGAGCAUUAUCUCUGCUAUUUACCCUUUCAUUUUUGUACAUCAAAUUUCCAUUUACUUAAAUCUGUAUCUUGAAACUCUGUGAAUUGACAUGCUGUUUUGCACUUUGAGCUAUUGAAAUAAAUGUGAUUUUUGUCUGA